CCGCCACCGCCACCGCCACACGCCCACGACCACCACCGUCACUAUACUCUUGCUUGUCCAGUCCACAGAUGGGAGAAGUUACUAGCAAACUCGUUGCUAGAUGAACUCAUCGAUAAGUGAUCUAGGCUAACCACAUGAGGUAUGAAAAGUAACUCUAGUUUCUUUUUCCUCUUUGUUUUUAGCUUGAAGAUAAACUUUAAUGUUUGCUUGCUCAUGGUUGAUAUUCUGUAGAAACAACUGUAGUGGGCGUUCUAGAGGCGCUGACAAGCCAAUCAGAAAUAACUGGUCUCAACAUGCCAAGUCACAUGAUAAUGUUUUGAGCGAAGAUAAAAACUUCCUUUUCUCCUUGUCAAGACAAAAACCUUCUGCUGAACAAGCAAUGACUGCAACUGCAAGAUUAUUCUCUUGUAAUGUUCAGAAUGUUACAAAGGCACACAGUCUACAGGUUGACAAGGCUUGGCAAGCACUUUCCAACCUCAAGUUGUCUUCUAGAAAUUACAUAAAACCUGGUAAAAGCCGGCCAAUAGCUAAAGAUGGUGAUACAGCCUCUUUUCGAGAUGUUGAAAGAGCCACCCAACAAUGUUCUUCUGAAGCAAAUAACAAAUCUACACGAUCUACUUGGGGAGACCAACAUUCUAAUGAAAUUAAUAUUAUGCAUAGCAAGCCCAGGCGAAUGACCGAUCUGUUUGCAUCAGUUACCACUUCUGUCACUGAAGCUGGAAGGGCUGAAACAAUGCAGAGUGGGGGUUAUGUAUUGAAUUCCACGAAUGUUUGUGGAAGGGAUGAAGGUGGCAUACACAAGAAUCAUGCCAAAAUUUCGAGCCACUUACAUGGGCUUCAGGAGAUUGAUGCUGGUGGCAUUGAUGAUGAGGAUAUUCUUCAGAAUCUUGACAUGGAUCAGAUUACAGAACACUUCCAAUCAUCUUGCACACCACGGCCAUCUAUCUCAAAGUUUCCACCAUUCACCCCAGCUGCAAGUCAUACUGUUGCAGCAUGUGAGGAUAUAAGUUUGCCUCCCGAAUUAUGUGUGGACUGUAGUCAUGGUUUUAAGCUAGGGAUUUGCCCUGAAGCUGCAGGCCAUUUGCACGUUAUGAAGGAUCAGCUCAUUUCCAUAUCAAAUGAUCUUCUUGACAAUGUUGGUGAAUUGAACUCAGAUCAAAUAGAAAAGCUUCGUCAAGAUAGACUGCAGUUGAAUAAGCAAAUUCAACAGCUUGAGAAAUAUCUUCAUUAUAUAUUGAUGGAUGAGGAAAGACACAAUUCAAACUUUUCUGCAUAUACCACCACUAGAACUUUGCAGUAUGGAACUCCUCCUACAUUUACCUCCAUGGUUGAUCCUGUUAGACUCGAUGAUCAAUUUUACAUGUGUAACGAGACAAAUGGGCACGAUAGAUGGGAUUCAUCAUCAGUAUCAUGUUUCUCAGAAGGUAAUGUCGAUGAUUCUUCAACUUCUAUGGAGAGGGAACCACAUGCCAAAAGGUAUGUCGAAGUCAAUUAUUCAGAAGGUUCAGAUGACAAGAAGUGGAGCAAGAGAGAUUUUCCGUGGACCAAAAAACUGGAGGCUAAUAACAAGAAAGUGUUCGGGAAUCACUCCUUUCGUCCCAACCAAAGAGAGGUGAUUAACGCGACAAUGAGUGGGAAGGAUGUUUUUGUCUUAAUGCCAACUGGAGGCGGAAAGAGCCUGACUUAUCAGCUACCUGCUCUUAUUUGUCCAGGUGUGACGCUGGUUAUUUCACCCCUUGUUUCUCUGAUCCAAGAUCAAAUAAUGCAUUUAUUGCAGGCAAACAUCCCUGCUGCUUACUUAAGUGCCAAUAUGGAGUGGAGUGAGCAACAAGAAAUUCUCAGAGAGCUUUGCUCAGGGCAUUGUAGUUACAAGCUGUUAUAUGUCACCCCGGAAAAAGUAGCAAAAAGUAAUGCUUUGUUGCGUCAAUUGGAAAACUUGUAUGCACGAGAAUUGCUAGAUAGAAUUGUCAUUGAUGAAGCUCAUUGCGUGAGCCAGUGGGGACAUGAUUUCAGACCAGAUUAUCAGAGUCUUGGUAUUUUGAAGCACAAGUUCCCAAAUACACCAGUGUUGGCAUUAACUGCUACUGCCACAGCCAGCGUAAAAGAAGAUGUUGUGCAGGCUCUUGGUCUUGUUGACUGUGUUAUUUUUCGUCAAAGUUUCAACCGACCUAAUCUAAGGUUUUCAGUUAUUCCUAAGACAAAAAAAUGUAUGGAGGACAUUGACAAGUUCAUCAAGGAUAAUCAUUUCGACGAAUGUGGAAUCAUAUAUUGUCUUUCAAGGAUGGACUGCGAAAAAGUUGCUGAAAAGUUGCAGGACUGCGGGCACAAAGCUGCAUUUUACCAUGGUAGUAUGGACCCUGAUCAACGUGCAAAAGUUCAAAAGCUGUGGAGUAAAGAUGAGAUUAAUAUAAUAUGUGCAACUGUGGCAUUUGGAAUGGGUAUUAAUAAACCGGAUGUUCGGUUUGUCAUUCAUCAUUCUCUUCCUAAAUCCAUCGAGGGCUACCACCAGGAAUGUGGCCGUGCGGGUAGAGAUGGGCAACAUGCUUCUUGUGUAUUGUAUUAUAGUUAUAGCGAUUAUAUCCGGGUCAAGCAUAUGCUUAGUCAGGGGUCAGUAGAGCAAAACUCUUUUGCAUCUGGAUACCGUUCAAGUACUAUGAAUUCUGGAAGGGUACUGGAAACUAACACGGAGAACCUUUUGGGCAUGGUCAGUUACUGCGAAAAUGAUGUUGACUGUCGACGUUAUCUACAGCUUGUUCAUUUUGGAGAAAAAUUUGAUCCUGUCAACUGCAGGAAAACAUGCGACAGUUGUUUUAAGAACCAAAGCCUCGUAAACAAGGAUGUUACAGGGAUAGCAAAGCAUCUGGUUGAAUUGGUGAAAUCAGCCCAACAAAACUUCUCUGCAUCUCAUAUCUUGGAAGUCUACAAGGGUUCCAUGAGCCAAAUUGUCAAGAAGUACCAACACAAUACCUUAAGCUUGCAUGGAGCUGGACAGAAUGUAGCAAAGGGAGACGCGUUACGUGUGAUACGCCAUCUUGUCAUUGAGGAGAUCCUUGUGGAGGAUGUUAAGAAAAGUGAUCUCUAUGGAUCUGUAUCAUCAAUUCUAAAAGUAAAUGAAAAGAAGGCCUACGAUUUACUUGAAGGCCGACAAACCAUAAUUUUAAGAUUUCCUUCUGCUGUCAAAGCAUCAAAGUCUAACAGAAAUGAGACAACUCCAGCAAAGGGCUUGUUAACAUCAUCAAAGCAAAGUCCUCCCCGAGUAGAUACUGCUGCUCAAUCUCAACCACAAGUUGACUUGAAUCUCUCAGCUAAAUUAUACUCUGCUUUGCGAAUGCUUCGAGCUCUUCUUGUGAAGGAAGCAGGGGAAGCAGUCAUGGCAUACCACAUCUUUGGGAAUGCUACCCUACGACAUAUCAGCGAAAGGAUCCCCAGAACUAAAGAGGAGCUUAUCGAGAUUAAUGGCAUUGGCAAGGGGAAAGUAAGCAAAUAUGGGGAUCGAGUACUGGAGACGAUUGAGAGUAGCCUGAAUGAGUACAGCAGCAAAGAUGAGUUGAUUGUGAGCAGUGGUCCAUCAAACAAGAGGGUGUCAAAAGGCUUCUAAAGCUGUUGAUGAUUGUGUUUCUGGUGUGCAUUAGGCAUACUAACAUUUGUUGUUGUUUGAUAGAAUAGAUUUAGAUCUUUAUAUUUCUUGUGUGGAUGUUGUAGGUUUUGUUAGCAAGCAAUCUUUAACAUUAUUUAUAUAUAAAGUGAAUUCGUUA